AUGAUGAAGACUGUUUCGGGGGAAGUGGUAUAUACAAAGCCAACGUCUCUCUCUAAAGCAGCCAAAAUUCUGAUCAAUUUCGUCUCCUUCGACAAUGGAGUUCCGUAUAACGUAUCUGCAUAUCUCAGUCGCGCUCUGGUUUCAUUCAAUGAGUUGGUCCAGUUCCACAAAGAGCUCAAAGCUAAGCCAUCCGAUCGCAAGCACAAGAAGCAUCGGGUUAGCAAUUUAAAUGAUGUAAACCCAAUAAAGAUUAGUAAAAACUCAUGGGUAGCUGAACAAGAGAGGGUCGAAGAUGCGGAGGAUUGGUGGAAACACAAGAAUUACAGAAAGCCAAGAAAGAUUGAGCAGAACCCAGACGAAGUUGAAGCAGAUGGAGUCAUAGAUGUAGAAGACAGUGUCAAGCACAAGAAAUAUGAAAAUCCAGUAAUGUUCCAGAAAUACCCAGAUGAAGCUGAAGAAGAAAGGGUGAUUGAUGGAGAUUUUGUUUUCGAGUAA